AUGAACCACGACGACAACGACAUCCCCGCACCGCCGCCCCAUCGCUACACGCCAUCUCUCCGAAACAAUUCUUCCGUCACCCCCGGCGUCGACAAUCUCGGCCCUUCCUCAGUCGGCGGUGGCAUUAGCGGAAUCGCCCUCGGAGUCGCCAAUAGCCACGAUCGCCUCAGCGGCGUCGACGCAGUCCGCGGCAUGGAUCACCACGAUGGCUUCUCCGGUCCUGCCGAGCGCGGUUAUCACACUACCGGCUCGGACAACCCUUAUAUUCCCUCAUAUACCCCCGGCUUGACCAGUUCCGAGUCCCUGCGACCAGAGCAGUCGUAUGCUUCGAACAUGCCGCUCGGUGCUGGGGGAUAUUCGCCGGGCUUGCAGACACCGGGACAGUCGUCGAUACACCUGAGCGAUGCGAGUUCCCAUCGGCGCAGCAUGUUGGACCAGUAUCCUGCUUCUUACAAUGGUGGGAUCGUAAGCGAUGGGCCGUAUCAGCGACAGUCGCAGUACAGUACUGGCCAUGUACCUGCUGAUAUCAACCCAGACGAAAUCGCUGACGACGGCGAUGAUGAGUUUAUCCCUCAGUCGAGGAAUGGAGCUGCGCCAGCUGCGGGCGCUGCAGCUGGAGCGGCCACGGGAGGUGUUCUCGGUGGAUUGUUUAGUCGCGGCGGAAAUGCAAAUCCACAGUAUGGACCCGUGCCUGGCGGCGGUCUGGAAGCUGGGGGUCGAAGUGCCGCGGCACAGGAAAAGGCCGCGAUGGGUGGUGGCAUGGCUGCUCGGAAGAAGCGUGGGUUGAUCGCGGGUCUUGUCCUUGGUCUGAUCGUCCUCGGUGCGAUCAUCGGUGGUGCUCUGGGUGGAACGUUGGGGCAGAAGCACAGUGAUGGAUCAUCAUCGUCAUCGUCCAGUGAUAGUUCUGCGACCAGUGAUACGGCACAGAAUGGAGAUCUUAACAAGGAUUCCGCUGAGAUCAAGGCACUAAUGAACAACGACAACUUGCACAAGGUCUUCCCCGGUAUAGAUUACACGCCGUGGGGUGUUCAGUACCCGCUGUGCUUGAAGUAUCCUCCCUCGCAGAACAACGUCACUCGCGACUUGGCCGUGCUCUCCCAACUCACCAACACCGUCCGUCUUUACGGAACGGACUGCAACCAGACUGAGAUGACUCUGCAUGCGAUCAGCCAACUUGGAUUGACGGAUAUGAAGGUUUGGCUUGGUGUCUGGAUCGACACCAACACGACCACCACGACCCGUCAACUCGACCAGCUAUACAAGAUCCUGGACGAUACCAAGGAUCCAUCCAUUUUCAAAGGCGUCAUUGUUGGUAACGAAGCGUUGUACCGCGCCGGUAGCGAUGUACAGUCCGCAGAAACGAACCUGAUCAGCUACAUCAAAGGCGUAGCCACUCAACUGAAGAAGCGCAAUCUGAAUGACAUGGCCGUGGCCACCUCCGACCUCGGCGAUAACUGGAAUGCCGAGCUGGUCGACGCCGUUGACGUGGUCAUGUCUAACGUUCACCCGUUCUUCGCCGGUGUCAACGUCGACGUCGCUGCGGCCUGGACCUGGGACUUUUGGCAACAACACGAUGUCGUCUUAACCAAGGGGACGACCAAGAAACAAGUCAUCUCCGAGGUAGGCUGGCCCAGCGGAGGUGGUAAGGACUGUGGGUCUAGUCCGACCUGCGACUCUGAUACCCCGGGCUCUGUCGCGAGUGUCGAUAACAUGAAUACCUUCAUGUCCGACUGGGUUUGCCAGGCUCUGGAGAAUGGCACGGACUAUUUCUGGUUCGAGGCCUUUGAUGAGCCCUGGAAGAUCCAAUACAAUACCCCCGGCAAAGAAUGGGAAGACAAGUGGGGACUCAUGGACUCGGCUCGAAAGAUCAAGUCAGGUCUCAAGAUUCCUGACUGCGGAGGCAAGACUGCCUCUUAG